AUGUCUGCCCCCGUCCCCGUCUACCGCCACACCUCUGCGUCUCCCCCCUCCUCGUCGAGAAAGGCCGUCAAGGCCUGCGCCACCGCCACUGCCUCCUCAUCGAGACCGCCCACGCGGUCAGAGCAGUCCUUCUAUGGCCACGAAGAGACCGCUGUGAUGGCUGCCCGAUUCAUCACAUCAUUGUUCCAAUGCCCCAACAUCCCCUCCCCCACCGCUCCCGGCGCACCCACGCCCACCCUUGCCCACUUUGUCGCCUAUGCGCUGCAUAGAACUCGCCUCCCCUCUGUCGUCACCUUUGCCGCCCUCCUCCUGCUCCAGCGCCUGAAAAAGCGCUACCCUGCAGCCCGAGGAUCCUCCGGCCACCGACUGUUCAUCUCUGCCUUCAUGAUUGCAUCCAAAAUCAUCUGCGACGAUACCUACUCGAACCAGUCAUGGGGCAUCGUCGCGCAAAAGAUGUUUGCGCUGAAGGAGAUCAACCAGAUGGAGCGAGAGAUGUGCGGCUACCUCGAGUGGAAUCUCAACUUUGACGAGCGUGAGAUGGCGGACUUUGAGGCGUCCACUCGCACCGAGCACGGCCCCGAGGCUGUCGUCCGCGCCAGCUCUGGUUCUUCUGGCAGGUCGGAGGCAUCCUUCGUAGCCCCUCCCGCCAAGUCCUACCCCACUCCCGAGAACACGCCCAACCCCCAGGUGUCUAACCGUCCCAUCCGCCCCGUUCCCUCGCCAUACAAGACACGGGUCUACCAGCACUCUCAGGUUUCUGCCGCUGCUUUUCCUUCCCCUCCUCCCUCCCCUACACACGGCGAGCCCCCUCAUCUGAGCUCGGCCAACUCGUCCCUUCAAUCCUCUCCUGCGUCUGACGACUGCAAGACCCCUUCCCCCGUGGCGGUCACCGCGACCAACCGGGGCCCUCAUCCUCAUGCCAAGUCGUUUGACAUGGCCAAAGCUUUCGAAGUUUCUUCAUAUGAUAUCAGGAGGCAAGCAGGGGACGACGGGAUCGUUGUGUGGUGA